GAGUUGCUGCUACAAAAACGGGGAGCGUUCAGCCAUUACUCCGCGAUGGUGACUGCGGGAGGCUCUACGUAACCAUCUAACGCGACCAAACUUGGAUUUACGGAGCUCACCUUUGCGCCCAGGUGUCUCUAUAAGGGCGUUUCUACCUCCUGCCUCCCGCAGCGGUUUCAGCUACGUUUCUCAGUCCUGUAGUUGGGUGUAGUAUUACUUUUGGGUUGUUUGUGUUCAGAUGACGGCGCAGGUAGACUACCUGGUGGUGGUUUUCACCACCACAUCUGGCGCGAGCGGAGAGCUGCUGGGGUCUGAUGAGAAGGAGCUUGUGCAGUUGGUUUGGCAGCUGGUGGAUGUAAAGAACAAAACGUUGGGCAAGGUGAAUGAGCUCCUCAUUAAGCCCGACCUCUCAGACCUGUCGGAGGAAAAGGUGGAGGAAGAUGUUGUGGAGGAAAGCAAAGAGGAGCAGAAUGGGGAAGGGGCAGACUGUGUUUACACAGCGACGAGUCUGGAUGGUGCUUUAAACACGUUUAAUCUACAGCUGACGAACGAGGUGAACAGUGUGGGCGCGGGCACGUCGUUGUGUUUGUGUACAGACGGGCAACUACACAUUCGUCAAGUGAUUCACCCUGAGGCUGCAAGCAAGAGCCUCCUGGUCCCAGAUUGUUUCUACUCAUUCUUUGACCUUAGGAAGGAGUUCAGGCACCACUUCCUGUCCUCUGACCUCAAGACUCUGAAUUCACAUGUCAUGGCAGAGUCUCUCGGUAUACCUGUGGAAGCUUCAGCCACGUGGGAUCCUUCGGCCACUCAGGAGCCGCUGGUGGCUUUGCCCGCGGAGGUGGCCGUGGAGCAGGUCCGGCUUAUGGCCAGCAUCGUUCUCACGCUCCUCUCUGAACCAUUUUCUCACGUGUUUUCUAACCCAGAAAGAGUGAGCGAGAGGUUUGAAAGUGGCACCUGCAGUAAGAUGGAGAAAGUGUGCGACGGCACCGUGAUCAGAGCCAGAGGGUUGCCAUGGCAGUCCUCUGACCAGGACAUUGCUCGAUUCUUCAGAGGCCUCAAUAUUGCCAAAGGAGGGGCAGCGCUGUGUCUCAACGCUCAGGGAAGGAGGAACGGUGAAGCACUUGUUCGUUUUGUCAGUGAAGAACAUCGAGACCUGGCUCUGCAGAGGCACAAGCACCACAUGGGCAACAGAUACAUCGAGGUUUAUAAAGCAACAGGAGAAGACUUCCUGAAGAUCGCAGGAGGCACCUCCAACGAGGCGGCCAUGUUCCUGUCACGCGAGGACCAGAUCAUCGUGAGGAUGCGAGGCCUUCCUUUUAACGCCACGCACGAUCAGGUGCUGGCGUUCUUCUCGCCGGGAGACGGGCCACAGGAAGCGUGUCCGAUCAGCGGCGGGAAGGACGGCAUCCUGUUUGUGCGCUACCCGGACGGGCGUCCCACCGGAGACGCUUUCGUGUUGUUCGCGUGCGAGGAGCACGCCCAGUGCGCUCUGAGGAAACACAAGGAAAUCCUGGGGAAGAGAUACAUCGAGCUGUUUAAGAGCACGGCAGCAGAGGUGCAGCAGGUUCUGAACCGGUACUCGUCAGCCCCUCUGAUCCCUGUGGCCCCAGCCCCCCUGGUUUCCAUGCUGCCCACAGUCUCUCUCCUGCCCCCUCCUGGUGGUGUGAGGGAUUGCCUGAGGCUGAGAGGGCUGCCAUACACAGCCAGCAUAGAGGACAUCCUCACCUUCCUGGGCGAGUUCACGCAAGACGUGAGACCACACGGCGUGCACAUGGUGCUCAACCAGCAGGGCCGUCCAUCCGGGGACUGCUUCAUCCAGAUGGUUUCAGCGGAGCGGGCGCUUCAGGCCUCGCAGCGGCUUCACAAGCACAUGAUGUCCAGCCAGCGCGGCGCCAACAGCCGCUACGUGGAGGUGUUUCCCUGCAGCCAGGAGGAGAUGGGCCUGGUGCUGAUGGGAGGCUCGCUGUCACACACGCAUGCACACACACACACCCGGAGCAGGAGUGGGACAGGGCUCAGCCCGCCGCCAUGUAAGUCCAGACGUUUGUCUCCACCGUCGUACUCCUUCACGCCUCUUCCACCUGUCCUGUCCACAGAGGCUGCUGCUCUUUACCCCCCCAUCGGGCAGAUGCUGUUGACCCCUCGACCCCUCCCGCCUGGACACGCCUUCUACCCUGCCUCAGCUCAGCUGUACAUGAACUACACCACUUACUACCCCAGUCCUCCAGGCUCUCCUACGACUUUAGGUUAUUACCCCGCCCACUCGUCCUCGGGAGGGUUGGUGCGGAUGCCGGCGCUGUCGUACGGCGGCAGCGGAGUAAAAGACCUCAUUAGUGCAAUGCAAGGAUACCAGUACGCUCCCGAGGAUGCCCUCGUCCACGCUCAUGGGUCCAUGCACGCUCACGACCCAGCCAGGACGUUGCUAACGCAGCCCAAAGAAUGGAGUCCCAUGGAGACCGUUUCCCUCCUGAGCAGCGGUCUGAUUGGUCAGUCCAGCGGUGGAGACGCUCCUCUCAUGUCCCUCCCAGCUCUCAUGACCAAGCCAGCAGGACAAGAGUACCUGGAUCUGACCCUACUGUAGCACAAACACCAGAAAAAGUCACGUGACGAAUUUUUGUAUGUGUCAAGGACUCGUUAGCUGUUUUUAUAAAUGGUCUUUUAGUUGUAUUAUUUAUAUCUUUAGAUAGAGAAAUAAAUGUAUUUUAUACCAAAUUUAUUGCAACCUUAGCCAACAAAAUGUUUUUAUAUUGCACAGUCUUAUUUUAAAAGCUUUAUAGAGAUUUUUUAAACCUGAUGUGUUGUUUUCACUAUGAAACGUUCGUCAGCCAAACUAGAAGAAUCAUCUUUCCUGUGUGUGUGUGUGUGUGUGUGUGUGUGUGUGUGUGUGUGUGUGUGUGUGUGUGUGUGUGUGUGUGUGUGUGUGUGUGUGUGUGUGUGUGUGUGUGUGUGUGUGUGUGUGUGUGUGUGUGUGUGUGUGUGUGUGUGUGUGUGUGUGUGUGUGUGUGUGUGUGUGCGUGUGCGUGUGUGUGUGCGUGUGUGUGUGCGUGUGCGUGUGCGUGUGUGAGCGGGUGUGUGUGUAUGCGAGCAUGUGCGUGAGAGCGUGUGUGUGUUUGUGCGCGAGCGUGUGUAUGCAAGCGUGUGCGUGAGAGCGUGUGUGUGUGUGUAUGCGAGCAUGUGUGUGUGGGUGCGAGCGUGUGUGUGUGUGCGUGAGAGUGUGUGUGUGUGUGUGUGUGUGUGUGUGUGUGUGCGAGUGUGUGUGUGUGUGUGUGUGUGUGUGUGUGUGUGUGCGAGUGUGUGCGUGAGAGCGUGUGUGUGUGUUUAUGCGAGCAUGUGUGUGUGGGUGAGAGCGUGUGUGUGCGUGUGCGUGUGUGUGUGUGUGUCUGUGUGAGCAUGUAUGCGAGCGUGUGUGUGUGUGUAUGAGAGCGUGUGUGUGUAUGUGCGUGAGAGUGUGUGUGUGUGUGAGUGUGUGCGUGAGAGCGUGUGUGUGUGUGUGUAUGCGAGCAUGUGUGUGUGGGUGCGAGCGUGUGUGUGUGUGCGUGAGAGUGUGUGUGUGUGUGUGUGAGAGUGUGUGUGUGUGUGUGUGCGAGUGUGUGCGUGAGAGCGUGUGUGUGUGUUUAUGCGAGCAUGUGUGUGUGGGUGAGAGCGUGUGUGUGUCUGUGCAAGUGUGUAUGCAAGCGUGUGUGUGCGAGCGUGUGCGUGAGAGUGUGCGUUUGUGUGUGUGUGUGUGAGAGAGAGCGCGUGUGAGCGUCAUGCGUGUGUGUUUUAUCACAUAAACUGUUGAAUACUUGGCGUCUGUACAUAGGUCUGCUACGACACACACGCUGAUUGUGUUGAAGCUUCAGUGCAUGAAGAAGUUCUGUAAAACCUUUAAGCUGUUUGUUCACGUGACGCCGACUGCAGAUGCACUGCUGAUCAGUUAAACUAGAGACUAGUAAAGCAUCCUGUGUUACACUGCCAGGCUGACCGUCCUGAUUCUUUAGAUUUUAUUUUGCAUGAGUGCUCCCAACUUGUCAGCCUUCAUCUCCUCCUGCCCUGCACGGAUGGAUCUCCCUGUUGUUUCAUGUUAGCGACGGCCCGGACCUGAACGGGGGACGCAAUAACAUGAUUGCAGUCCUCCAUCGGACUCCAGUCACAAGUUCUCAGCUCAUCAGGCUAAUCUCAGGAGUCUGAGGUGGUUUUUAACCAGUUUUCUAUAUUUCUUUCAUUCAUCCCUCUUCUGGAUGUUUUCAGCUGUGAUGAUUUCACAGAAAAUUAUUGAACAAAAGCAGACGAACUCUGUUCAUUGCUUCUGAAUUACUCUAAAGUAAAGAAGCUGAAGAACAUGUUUGACAUGUGAACUUUAGCCUCCGUGUCCCUGCAGAGGUGACGGAUGAGCUCUGUGCAUGUUUUCUUAUGUAGGUGCUCCACGCCCUGCUGCAGACGUGCUAAAAACUCAAUAAACAAAUCAAGUUUGCA